GGACGAUUCGCUCGAUCGGAAGCCACGAAUAGGUCAUCGCACGGAAGUCGGUCCGUUCCGUUGGUAGUCGCGCUCGAGAUAGGUCGAUUCAAUCGCAGACGUUUUCGUACGCGCUCGCCUUCCACUCAUACUCGAUUUAACAUUCCAAGGGCCGUCUCUCUGCGACACUGCUCUCUGGUAAGUGAGACCGCCUGCUGCUCGGCAAGUUCCCUUGCGUUUAAAGUCUACGAGACCUCACAGUACCAUAGCAAACGUCAUCAUGUACGCCUGCAGCCGAUUCAUCGCGCCCGUCGCCAAAUCCACCUUGGUCUCCGGCACCAAGACUUAUCUACGGCCACUGAGCAGUGCCGUGAUCAGCCACAGCCAGUACUUACAGCAGAAUCAAAUUCAGACACCCGUCAGUUUAUCACCAAUUGUACGUAGCUUCCAAACUUCGACAGUCAGUCGUGACAUAGAUUCCGCUGCGAAAUUUAUUGGUGCUGGUGCUGCCACUGUAGGUGUAGCAGGAUCUGGUGCCGGUAUAGGAUCCGUAUUCGGUUCGCUGAUCAUCGGUUAUGCCAGGAAUCCUUCUCUGAAACAGCAACUAUUCUCGUACGCCAUUCUGGGCUUUGCCCUAUCCGAGGCUAUGGGUCUCUUCUGUCUUAUGAUGGCUUUCCUGCUCCUGUUCGCCUUCUAAGCCACAAUAUCUGCAUAAAAAAUUGCUGAUAUAGUUUUAGUGCGUCACUGCCAAGGCAGCGUCGUCUGGCUCAAAGGGAAAGGCGGCGGCUGUCUCUGGUGUGCGGGAUGCCAUGAAAUCAUUAGAGAAGCUCAGAUUUUCGUGGUUCGGUGGGGUUACGACGGCGCGGCAAUGAACAAGAGUUAUAAUUAAGAGCUAUACAUGUAGUUACAUGUCAUCGUUCGCGGAUCGUCCCGGCCCCCUUCCAAAUCUUCAGCUUAUUCAUAAUCAUUUCAUGGCCUACUGUUUCAUGUAGCGUAAAACUCACAUUGUUAUAAAAUAAUGGAUUUCAUUGUAACAAGAACGAAUAAGACAUUGAAGGUUAAAAGAAAAAAAGCGACAGCCUCAUCUGCAUACCUAUGCACGCAUGUAGGUAUUCAUACUCCGUUAUAGUAUCCUACACGAGUACAUUUCUCGAAAAAAUCUUGUUACCUUAAAGAGUUCAUCAUUGUUGUGCCGUCGCGUAUGCACAUUGUUGAGAAAAAUCUUGACGAUAAAAAAGAAACAACCAAAACUGUACAGUGAUACCGAAUAAACAUCUUUGUCGUGAA